AUGGGUAGGAUCCGUCUUUUGGGAGUACAAAAGCAGUCACGACAUUUGGGACACUUAGUUUAUCUUCAACUUGCAUUUUGCCAAGUCUGUAACGGAUCACCAUUUUGUGUUGUAGCGCGCAUGGAUACUAGGAAGCUUUUGCCUAAAUGGAAGAGAUGUAAACUUGUAUUAAACUAUUUGGACUUUAGGAAACGGUUGAAUAGUGAAUUGCUAGUCGGUAUGGAACAUAUCUAUAUAAUUGCCCGCAUAGGAAGCUCAACGGCCUUAACCUAUUGCGAAAUGGAAAAAUUGGUAUACCCAUAUAUGGCCACAUCGUCAAAUUUCCGGAAACUCCUAAAGCCUUUGGGUACCGCGGAGAGCGUGAAAACGGUCUUGCAGCAGAUGGUCGAAAGGAUAUCGGAUGUUACUGGAAGACGGAUAGAUCGGAAGGAUCUCGAAAGAGAGAAUGGAAAAUCGGCAGCCAAGCGUUCUGGGCUCACUGCUUCUUUGAAGCAACCCGUACGUGCAGUUCAUCGACUAAAUGGCGAUGGGUGUUCUACAUCAACUCGUUUUAAAUUUCAACCUUCGACACUUGGAGGUUCGUUAGCAGCUCCCACUGACUAUUUACCAGCAGGGAUUCUAGAACGGAGAAGUACCUGGAUGUCGGUAAGCCCUCAUAGACUGGUUCGCUUGAAUGAAGGUGAAUCAAAUAACUAUGGACAAAGAGUCAUCAGAAUACCACUUCAGACUGGAAUGAAUAGGCGAAAUGGUAAGGGAUGCCCGGCCGUAAAUGAUAACAUCUAUGAAUCAUUUAUCCCUUGGGGCUGGUCUACUGCCACCACUAUAUAUCUUUGUGAUGCUAACUCGGAAGUAAGGGAAGUAAAGGAAGAGGAAGGAAGAGAUGCUGUUCGUAGAGCCCAAUCUACCGAGAUUGAAGUUACCAUAAGGUCAUACGAUUUAGAAUCGCGAGAUGAAUUGCUUGAAAGUGGGAGGAGAAAGACGGAACGUUCCGUAAUCGUAAUGGGUUAUCGAAAUAAAACCAGGUUAAAGGAUAAACCUCCUGGUCCGAAAAGUGAAAAUGAGAUUAUGGGAGAGGCUAAUCGUCAUAUGGUGUGGUUGAGAUGGUGA